AUGGCUUUUUUUAAAGCUAAGGAGGAGCAAGUAUCUUUGAAACUUCUAGUAAACACAGAAACUAACAAAGUUUUAUUUGCUGAAGCAGAGAAAGAUUUUGUAGACAUUCUCUGUAGUUUCUUAACAUUACCUUUAGGAACCAUUGCAGCACUUCUUCAAAAGGAAUCAAACAUGGGUCCGGUUACAAUCGGUUGUCUGAACAAACUCUAUCGAAGUGUGGAAAAUCUUCGAUUGUUGCCGAGUAAUAACUCAUCCGAAGAUUAUUGCAGAACUCUCAAAAUUAAUAUUGAUGACACUCAGCCUACAAAGUACUUCAUGUGUUCUAAGUUUAACGGCUACAAUUAUCGUGAUCACUAUUUGACCAUAGGCACAAAUAAGCUUUAUUGUAGGUGUGGGAAUCGUUUGAACCGGUCAGUUUCCUUAGCACAAUUGUGCAAUGGAUUUGUUAAAGAUGCUGCUACUUUUAUUGUUACCGAUAAUCUAACUGUCUUGCCGCACUCCAUGGAUCACACUUUGUUUGGUUUAAUCAACAAUUUGGGAAUGCAAAGCACAAGCUCGGUAAAAGAAAUGACGGUUAAUGUCACUAAGAAGAAGGUUUUAUAUUUGCAAUUCAUUUUUGUUCCCUAA